AUUCCGUAGCCCUAAUUAGGGCCUCAUAUAGGUCUUAAGGUAUAUAAAAAAAUCAGCUUGCGCUUCUCUCUCGAUUUUGCGAAACAUGCAAAGCAAACUGUGUCCGCAUUUGCCCCCACCACAAAAAAAUCUUCUCUAUCCCUGGGCUGCCACUGCCUCUCAUACUGACUGGCCCUAUAGCUCGAAGAUCCCCCAGAGCAAAUUCGCGCUUGAAAAGUCUACUACGGAGUUCCAUUGAAAAUAUUCGUCUUUUAGAGUUGCGCUCUUUGACUUUAUAAAUCGGUUACGUGUCGUAAAUUGUUCAGUCUUCGACUUCGGAUCGGAUUGUUGUUCAGAAUUUCAAAUGGUUAAAUUGUAGAAAAAAAAUAUGCUGAGGUCUGGCAAUCGUUACAGGAAAGGACAAGACCGAAAUGGAGAACAUCUAACUCCGGAUGAACGUCUGUCAAAUGGUAGAAUUGGAAUGAAAACAAACGCUGCAGCAGACACACUAGCAGACGGCACUGUGGAGAGAGGGGCUAUUCAUCAAGACGAGCGCGACCGAACCGCCGGGGGAGAGUUUCUAACAAGGGAGAUGGAGCUUGAAGUAGAAAUUCAUCGUGAGAAAAAUGAACGGAGGCAGCAGAAAACAAACGUUAAUAUGAAAGCAGUGAAAACAGUGAUUCUGGUCAAUACUUUUCUGUAUGCUGUCUGUUUCUGGAUACAAACUGGCGUUUUACCGUAUCUGUCCAAGAAAUUCAAUAUGGAUAUGGUGACGUUUGGUUAUCUCCAAACUUUCUUUUCUGGCAUCAUGCUUGUUGGUGGUCCGAUAUAUGGUAGAUUUGGGGAUAUCUAUGGAGGACGCGCUGCUCUAGGGCUAGCCUAUUUGUCUGCUGCAGCCAUAUAUGGGAUACUGGGUGUGGCCAGUUCUUCAAUGAUGAUCUUUGUCUCCAGAAUUCCGUCAUUGUUUUUGCACGCUUAUCAAGGAACUCAAAUGGUAAUAUCUGAUUUAUCAGAUGAAAGUGGGAGAACUGAGGCCUUAGGAAGAGUCAGUAUGUGUUAUUCCAUUGGUAUAGUUGUAGGUCCAUUGAUUGGAGGUUGGAUCAGUGUAUAUAUGAGUGAACAGUCGGCAGCAGCAGUUGCUUGCAUUGGAUCGUGUAUCAGCCUGGCACUGACAUUAUUCUUUAUACCAAGCAAUACUAAGCCCCCACAGUCUUCAACAUCCAAAGACAAGUCUUCCGAUAGUGUGUUCAGCAUAAAAAACUUCACCCAUCUAAUGAGGUCUUCCCCCGGGGCGGCUUUCUUUCUGAGUGUGAACCUACUUGCUGGUCUUCCAGGGGCCAUCUUCAGUUCUAUGUUUGCUCUUAUCGUCAUUGAUAAGUUUCAGCUGACUGCCGAUGAAAAUGGAUACUUCCUCUCAUUCCAGGGCAUUGUGAGCAUAGUCGUGCAGGGCAUGGUGAUAGGACGUCUCACAAAGAAGUACAGUGAAAUGAAGUUGCUAAGAGCCAGUGCUGUAUUGUUAGCAGCAAGUUAUAUGUCCUUGUGUCUUGUCCAAGAUAUAUGGCAGCUUGCAGCCGUUCUACUCCCAAUGACCUGUGGAAAUUGUAUUACAACUACCGUCAUCACCAGCGUACUUACCAAGGCUGUACCAUCCUCAGAAUCAGGAACAAUCCUUGGUCUCACCCAUGCUGGCACAUCCCUCCUUGGUACCUUGGCCCCAAUCAUCGGUGCUGAACUCCUGACCAAUCUGGGUUUUCCAUCUCUAGGUAUUACAGGAGCAGUCAUCAACAUGGUCUUGCUCCUGGUUCUCACCAAAUAUUAAGUGUCUUCCAUUAAAACCUUGAUGUAUUAACUAACAACCGUUUACGGGCAAGUCCAAGAUGGAUGCCAGCUGAAAGUACAACACAGUAGCUGCCAAGAGUGAAACAGCUCUAAUUAACUUAUUUAUCUGUAGGCAACAUGUUCUUAACCACCCUGAAUAAAAAGGAUUUUCAGGAUAUAAAUGAAGUGAUCAAUUUAAUAUCACUUAGUCAUCAUCAUUUCGUUGAGGACAUAAGUAUAUUGGCAAAUGAACAUUCAAUAAUUCUUUGUAUAUAGAAGGUAUAAAAUGGAGUAUAUAUGCAUAUAUAAGAGAAGGAGCAUAAAGCAAUAUCAAUAAUCCAUGUUUAUGGGAGUAGAUGGAUCAAUAAAAAGACCUUCAAAAUGAUGCUACCGAAAGUCCUGUUAUCAAACAGUUUAUCAACUGUUUGAUCAAACCUCAGUUGGAUAAAUGUGGAGUUCGAAAAUGGAAGAGAUCGAUGAUCAACAAAGACUACGAAGAUGAUAAGUUAUGACGAAUAACAAGUAUGCAGAUGAUCAACGACGACCGAGGAAUGAGUAUGGGAGGAUGAAGACGCGACUGAUGUCAUGAGCGAGAACGCAGGUGUCUUUAAAGAACCAGAGUUGAGUUAAGGCUCUGGCAUUCUGGCAUCAAGUAUGAAGAAUUAAGAUCAAGUCUGACGAAAAAUGGCUUACUGACUGAAGUAUGAGUCAUUCCCCUUGGAUGACCUUGGGACUCAUGACCUUGACAUAGAAGGUAGGCCCUAGGCUGACCUACGUUGACUCUACAUUGACUUUAAUUUGACCCUGGGUUGACAGCUGUAAUUCAGCAUUGAGAAGAGAGGAACCUGCCAGCACUGGGUUGAGUGGCACAUGCCCUUUUUCCUUGGGUAAGAAAACACCCUGAAUCAGAGACCACCUUCUCUAAAAUCAAAAUUCAGAGUGAGCUGGCUUAGCUUUUCUUACCAGCACACCAAACAGAAAUAUGUAACACAAAGAGUCUGCAAUCCUACACACCUGCUAAGCUGUAGUCUACCGGUACUUAUUAUGACAACCUAGCUUGCUGAAAUACCAGGCAACCAAUCAUGCCUACAGUCUAAUAGUUACUAGGGUUUACAUGCCUAUUGAAAUGCCAGGCAGCCUACCAUGACUACAGAAUACAAAGGUAUACAAUGUACAUCUGUACACGGACUUUCACAAAAGAGUUUUCCAGUUUUGAAUAAGAUCCUACAGUAGCAUUUUCAUGACACAUUUGCGAGGUUUAAAUUAAUGAUCAAUCUCCUGGAAAUGGUAUUCAAAUUGCAAAUGAUCCAUCUUGUGCAAUCUGCUGAUAUCUGGGAUUGGUGUGCGGUCAUCGUUUUGCAUCAUUGUUAAGAUUGAUAGGGUUGAGUAAUACAUGCUUGUAGAAAAUUAAUCAGGGUAUUUUUGAUGGAAUGCAAUAAAUUUGAUUGGAUUUGAUUUCAUAGUCACUAUUUUUUAUGAAAAAAUAAAAUUAUUCUGAUAUAUUGUUUUGUUUUACACAUAUAAUCUUAUUUCUGAUAUGGUUAUAAGUGCUGGUAGAUACAUAUACAUGUACAUGUUUUUCAUCUAGAAAAGUAUAUAUACUUUUUUGUUUAUUUAAGAUCUGUUUGACGUAGUAUGUCACCAGGGGAGGGGGGGUGUUUCACAAAGAUGCCGAUGGGUAUCUGAAAUAAAAUGCGCAAUCUAAUUGAUCAGUAUGCAGUAGUGCGCGUCCUUUUUGCAUGAUCUGGUUGGAUCAAUGUGGUUAUGCCUUCUAUAACGCACACAAAUAGGCGCUUAAGUGCGACUCUAAGUCAUACUUAAAUCUUUAUGAAACAUCCCCCCCCGUUCACUAGCUUUCCCCUUCAUUGGUUUGUGUGAUCUUGGGAGUGUUGCGAAAGAGGUGCAUUAUAUGCAGCUCAAAAUAUUUAAGUGCAAGUCCCUAAAACAUGUACUUCAUUGGUCGGAUAUCAAGUUGUGUUUGAUAUUUUGAAUUGCGAUUAAUUGCAAUUCUUUCUGCAAUGGCCCCCAUAACUUCUCAAUGCUAUUGCUUUUCCAAAGUCCAUAAUCCUUCUGAUUAUCACAAAUCUAUUAAAGACAAAACAUUACACUCCGAUUGAUUUUUCAAUUAUGAAGGCAUGAUGGGCAUGAAUCUGAAUUUGGAUUCAUCACAUUUCAGUAUUUAAUUGCCCUAAACUGGUUUGUAAAUAUGCUAAUGGCAAAAGAAUUUCAGUUGGAUCUGUGAAAUAAAGGCAUUCGUUCAAGGAUACAACCAAUUAGUAUUCUUUGCACAUGUUUUCCCAUAGCCUUUAAUUGAUUUCACAAUUGUUUGUUGUCAUUCAUGAUAUGGGGUCAUUCAUGUCAUUCAUGAUAUGAGUCCUGCCCAUCGAGCAGAGAGGGGUUGAUCUUUCUUUUUUAUACAGAGAAUGGAAUGCUUCUUGUGGUAGUUCGGACAGUCUGAGCCAGCAGAAAUAGGGGAAGGGGCAGGGGAUGGUGUUGAUGAGGUCAUCAUCAUCAAUAAUAAUAAUAAUUAUGAUGAUGAUAAUGAUAAUACAA